GUCAAAAAGAACCUACAGAGAUCGUCAAAGAGCCCUUAUUUACUACUGCACAUUAAGUGCAAGACAAAAGGAGAACGUGGCAGCAUCCACUUUAGCUUUACCAAUCCCCAGGGCCAGAAAAUGCAGCGCUGAGAAGGAGGCAGCUUAGAAGAAAUCAUGUGAUGUGUAGAUUUGACAGUGCUCAGCACUUGAGAAAGAAGAAGGUCAUUCUCAGCAGUAGGGGAAAUAAAAGUUAUAUAUGUGUAUAUAUGGAUACACAUAUAUAGAUAUGGCGAAGGAAUUCAAGGAUGUGAAAAAUGAAAUUGGGAAUGCUGGACAUUCUGUUUUUGUGAAAAAGUACUGCUUGGGGAAAAUUUCAAUCUUAAACCAUCACAUAAUUUCAGAAAUAAAUUCCAAAGCCCUGUAAGCUUUAGCCUGUAGGGUUCAUCAUCUGAAGUAAACAGAAAUUCCAAGGGAAUGCAAGGAAAUUACUGCCUUCCAGUAACUUUCUACUGAUCCAGAGAUUGGUUUUCCUUUUUCGUAUGAAAGCAGGGAAAAAGAGAAGUGGGCUGAGCAAAGCUCACACUCACAUCAUGCAACUUUGAGCAGAAAGAAGAGUGCAUCCAGGCUCCGUCCCAUGGCAUUGGUCACAGUGACAUCACCGCCCUUCCAGCUGUUUUCGCGUCACUCUGCGAACACAUUUUGUGUGCUGCAGGGAAACUAAAUCCAGGAUUUCCUGUUCUGCAGCCGCUGUGCCGGGCUGCAGAUGCCGGCAGGAUUCCUUCCAGCGCUCCAAAAACAUGUGGGAGUUUGGAGGGGAGCCGCUGCAGCCGGGAGCGCUGCAAGGAGCCGUUGCAAAGCAAAGCCGAGGGCUCACUGCUCCUGCAGCCUAGCAUGGAUGCCAGCCCCGUGCAGGAUGGGAGCUGUGGAGAGGAAGCCUCCGUCCGCCUGAACCCACUGGUGAGUGAGGAGUCUGGGCUGCGAUGGAGAGCAACAUGUCCUCGGGGAACUGCAGCCAGCCCCAGAUGUCCUUCCAGAACACGCUGUACGCAGCCACCUACACCAUCAUCUUCAUCCCCGGCCUGCUGGCCAACAGCGCUGCCCUUUGGGUGCUGUGCCGCUUCAUCAGCAAGAAGAGCAAGGCUGUCAUCUUCAUGAUCAACCUGGCUGUGGCCGACCUGGCGCAUGUUCUCUCGCUGCCGCUGCGGAUGUAUUACUACAUCAACCACAUGUGGCCCUUCGGGACCUUCCUCUGCCAGCUGUGCUUCUACCUGAAGUACCUCAACAUGUACGCCAGCAUCUGCUUCCUCACCUGCAUCAGCAUCCAGCGGUACCUCUUCCUCCUGCACCCCUUCAAGGCCACAGCCUGGAAGCGCCGCUAUGACGUGGGGCUCAGCGCGGCCGUCUGGCUCUUUGUGGGCGCUGCCUGCCUGCCUCUGCCCAUCGUCAGGAGCCCGGCCCUAUCCAACAGCACCACCACCUGCUUCUCCGACCUGGCCGUCAAGCAGCUGACGCCAGGAGCCUCCAUCACUCUGGUGACAGUGGCGGAGCUCUUUGGGUUCGUCAUCCCCUUCGGCAUCAUCGCGUGGUGCACCUGGAAGAUGCGGCAGUCGCUGCAGGAGGGCGGGACGCAGCUGCAGAGCGCCAGCGAGAAGCAGAAGGCACUAAGGAUGGUGCUGAUGUGUGCCGCCGUCUUCUUCAUCUGCUUCACCCCCUACCACAUCAACUUCCCCUUCUUCAUGUUGGUGAUAGAGAACAUCAUCAAGGACUGCACCGUGCACAGCAACACGCUCCGCUUCCACCCCAUCUCCCUCUGCCUUGCCAGCCUGAACUGCUGCCUGGAUCCGGUCCUCUACUACUUCAUGACCUCUGAGUUCCAGGACCAGCUGCUCCGGCAUGGCUGUGCUGCCCUAUGGGCUCGCCUCACGCACAGCCGACGCAGCCUCACCAUGAGUGACGCCGGCCACAACAUCCGCACCAAGCGGAGAAACCUGCCCAGGUUUCAGUUUUGGUCCCUCCCCAAGUUCUUUGGAAGGAUAAACAGCAUGGAAAUCCCCCCGAUGCAGCCCGACGAGCUCCUCUUGGAGUCCAUCUCUUGAAAAUGAGGCAUUCUUCUCCACCUUGGCGCUCCCAUGGCUUGAGUGAAUAUUGUGUUACGUCUCCAAGUGCGCAUUAAUACAUGUCGGUCUCCAAGUACGUGUUAGUCUGUGUUGAAUUACCCUCGUGUGCAGCAGGUGCGGGGAUCAGACCUGGGAGGACAUUCUGAUCAAGGAAGGCUUGAUGCUGCUGUUGAAAACUGUUUGCCUUACAGCAUUUUCCCUCAUGUCACAGCUAAAAUGUCACCGCCACCACCAAUGUCGGUGUUUCUCCUGUGCUGGACUGUGAGGGCCUUCCUCCCCUGCCAUUGUUGUUGUUUCAGUGUCUUACCUAUUUAUCAGCUACAGAAGUCCUCCUGCUACAGCCUGGCUCUCUGGGAUCAGGACACUCAGUGAUCUGCAUGUAAAGCAAACCUCUCCAGUGGGAAAACCCAUAAUCUGGGCAGAACCCAGACAGGUCGAGACUUCAGGGCUGCAGUGGGAGGAUGAGGGGCUGGCAGUGCCAUUCCUCCUGUCAUCACAAGGAGGAAUCACCCAGCACUUCGUUCAAGCCUCUGCUCAUUGAUGCAGAUGCUAUGCAGUCCCUCAGUUCUGCUUCAUAACACAAAAAUGGUCCCAGACUUCACUGGGGAAUCAAGAAACGUUUACAAACCCAACCUGAGUGCAUCCUAUGGACUUCAAACUCGGGGGGAAAUAAAAUGUUCUCAACAAAUUCUCAAGUGGGUAUUAUUUUAAAGGUUGCCACUUGCAAAUAAUCUUGUGGUUGUAUAGAUGGACUUAAGUCUCCUCCAAAGAGCCCCACGCAUCACACUCAGGCAGCAUUUCCAUUCCAUGUUCUUCUCGGCAGCUGCAUUCACUCCAUUUAGCAGCUAGCCCCACAUCAGCUCUGCUCCCCCAGCACAGCACAAGCUCCAGGGGUGCCCAUCCCACUCCCAGGCCCAUUUGUGCUAGUAGAAGCUCCAAAAAGCCCCAUGGGCAGCGCACGGGUUGGAGCUUUGCCCUC